GACAAAUUGUGGGUGGCUGGUCCAUUGAUCGAUCCUCAUUGGCGCUGCUGCCCAAGGGCGGUUUUACUAUGUACAGUAAGACAAACGGGAGGAAGGUUGUGGGUGCCUGAGGCUGCAAUUUAUUGCCGACGUCAUCUUCUUGGCCAGAUGUUCAGGCUGUCAUCGUUGGACUGCGACCGGCUUCUCUCUUCUUUUGUGAUUAGAGGAAGCUCAAGUUACGUGGGAUACUGCGACGAAUAUUCAAGGAUAGAGUGAUCUAGGUAUCAAGCAACAACUUAUUUAGUCCAUCACGCAAAUCACAUCAUCAUGUCAAGUAAGUCUAUGCAGACUUCUUAUGUACUAAGCCAUAGCCAGUCUAACUUGCAUGAUAGGAAAGCUGGACUAUUACAAGGUUCUGGGAGUCCAUGAGGACGCAACACAACAGCAAAUCCGUAGUGCUUACAAAAGGGAAUCAUUAAAAUCGCAUCCCGAUCGUGUAGCUGCAGACUCCCCUGAAAGACCUGCCCGCACCCGCAAAUUUCAAGAAAUCAACGAUGCCUAUUUUACAUUGUCCGACCCAUCACGCCGACAAGAAUAUGACACAGCACGGGCCUUUGAAGAGGCAGAGGAAGGAGGACCAGAAGUGCCCCCGGGUGGUGCGGGUGGCUUCCCAUGGUCCUCCUUUGGAUUUGGCGCAGGUGCAGCAGAUCGCGAAGAGCGUGCGUCUGAACAGUUCGGUUCUGUUUUUGAAGAAAUGUUGCGAGAAGAAGGACUUGCGAAUGAAGAUAGCGAUGGCCAAGGGCGAACUCGCACUCGGCCUACUUCCCGAUUUUGGUCCCUUGUUGGUGGAGUUAGCGGUGGUGCACUGGGUUUCAUUGUGGGCAACGUUCCUGGAGCCUUUGCUGGCGCCGUGGCAGGGAACCGACUCGGUGCUGUCCGAGAUGCCAAGGGUAAAAGUGUCUACGAGGUGUUUCUUCAAUUACCGCAGCAGGACCGGGCUCGGCUGUUGAGUGAAUUGGCGACCAAGAACCGUCCUGUGAAGAACACAAUCUGCCUGUUCGAUGUCGACGGUACUUUGACACCUGCAAGGAGGAGUGUCUCCCCUGAGAUGCUCGAACUGCUCUCUCAAUUGCGUCACAAGUGUGCCAUUGGAUUUGUUGGUGGUUCCGAUCUUCCUAAGCAGCAAGAGCAACUCGGCACAGCUUCCAUCAAUGUCACUACUCUCUUCGACUUCUGCUUUGCCGAGAACGGAUUGACCGCGAUUCGUUUGGGCAAGCCUCUUGCUAGCAACAGCUUUAUCCAAUGGCUUGGGGAGGAGAAGUACCAGAACCUGGUUAACUUCUGCCUCAAAUACAUUGCAGACUUGAAGCUGCCUAAGAAGCGGGGUACUUUCGUUGAAUUUCGCAACGGAAUGGUUAACAUUAGUCCCAUUGGACGCAAUGCCAGCGUCGAUGAGAGACACGAAUUUGAAGCAUACGACAAGGUGCACAACAUCAGAAAGACCCUUGUUGAAGCUUUGAAGAAGGAAUUCCCCGACUAUGGACUGACUUUUUCCAUUGGCGGUCAGAUCUCCUUCGAUGUCUUCCCCACUGGCUGGGACAAGACUUACUGCCUACAACAUGUCGAGGCGGAGAAGGGUAUCUCGGGCACCGAAUACACUACUAUCCACUUCUUCGGAGACAAGUCGUUCCCUGGUGGUAACGACCACGAGAUCUACGCCGACUCUAGAACAAUCGGACACGCAGUGACCGGCCCCGAGGACACCAUCAAGCAGCUGAAGGAAAUCUUCCACCUAUAAAUGAAGUGGCCAGCCGCAUGGGUCCAGUUUGAUCUUGUUUAGAAACUAAUGCUCUAUGAUGAACAAUAAUGUAGAAGGAAAU